AUGUCUCAAAUAUCAUCGCUAUGCGACUCCCUCCAAACCUCAAUAGCAAAAGUCGUCGAUGGCCUCCGCAACUUCGUAACAUCUUACCCGCAGUCGCGUCUAGACCUAGCCAGUCUCUCACGUGAAUUAGCUGAGCUGCAGAUGGUAGCGAGGCUACUGCAUCACAACGCGCAAACAGAUUCAAACGUAUCUCUUCCGCAAAGAUUGGACGAUGCGCUUAAUGCUGUUAUUAGUGAGGCGGGGGAGUUGAUUGAAGAGGCUGAGGAUGCGCUGGAUUUGGAUAAAGAGGAGGAACGUACGCAGUCGUGGCUGGAGCAUACUGCUGAGCGAUUGUCGCAUUUUACGAAGUUGCUUGAGAGUUUGAGAAGUGCGAUGAGUGUUGGCUUGGAUUGUGUCUUACUAGCUAUUAAUUCUCAGCCUCAUGAUGGUCAACGAGAGUUACCUGGGUACAGCAGUUCCCAGAUCCUCCAGGAAGCAGCAAACAUACGAACAAAGUAUCUCGGCGAAAGCGACAGUGAAGAUUUCCGCGUCGAGAGUCAGCGGGUCAUUAUCACUGAGUUCUUGGAGGCUGUUCAUGACUUCAUUUCCGAAAGCUCAUCUGCCGCACCACCUGCUCCUCCGACUGAUGAAGCUGUCAGCAACAGCAACAGCAGCUUCGCGAAUCCCGAAACAAUUGCUUCAUCGCCUCACUCAGAGACAAACGAGCCUCCCAUCCCAGAUUACAACGCCAUCGGUAUAACAUCCACAACACCCCUCCGCAUCUCCCUCCGUCAUCUCGCCAAAAAAGAACUUUCAAACCAUGAAGUCCUCGAAACAUGCUACCUCUCCCGCCACGGCGCCCACACCUUCGCCAUCCAAACCCUCGAAUCCCUAACACGUUUCUACGACAUGAGCGCCAAUCAAGUCUCAUGCCUCCAGAACCAGCACGGCGUGAACAUGAUCUUCUCGCGCAAUGGACGUCAGUGGGCUUAUCUAAGUGAAGAAGACGGCAAGGGUCUCAACGCAGCAAACCACGAUGGCAUCAACUUCAGAAAGCCAGUUAUUUAUCUCGGCGAUUAUAUUAAUGGUAGAAAAGUCCCUGUUGCGAAAUGGGCUGGUGCUAAACCGCUUGCGUUCUCGGAUGAUGGGAAUUGGCUUGCUGUAGGAAGUACACGAGGACGCGUUGGUCUUGUGGAUUGCAGCGCCAACAUCAACAGAUCCUCCGUCGUUAUCCCGUGUCAUUUGGAUGAAGUUACUCACGCCGUCUUCACACCGGAUAGUAAACUCCUCAUCACGCAAUCCCGCGACGGUACGAUUCGUAUCACGAACGUGAAAACUCGCGUCUCAAUCGCCAAACUCGAAACAGAUACGUGGAAAAAGCCAUUAUUCCUGGGUACAUCACCCGACGGAGCACUCAUCGUCGCACUCUGGGGAGAUACAGUAUUCCACUGGAACCACGCGACCGCGGCGCUAGAGUCGUAUAGUCUCAGCGGACGAAGAACAAGAGAAGGUUGGCCGGUAGCUGUAUCUGCGGACUGCCGCUUUCUAUGCUGUCGGACGGAUGAUGGAGUCGAUGUAAGCGAUUUGUAUUCUGGAAGGGUACUGUAUACUAUCAAGUUCCAAAACGGGUUUGUUACGGCCGCGUCGUUUAGUUGGGAUGGGAAAUAUCUUAUUCUGGGCAAGGCGGCGUCUUGUAUGGGGUUGAAGGUUGGGACGUCGACUUUGGAUGUAUGGGAGCUUGUAUUCUAG